UCCUACAUGGUAUGUAUUUGCAAUUUGUAAACACACUAUGUCAAAGAAUGAUUUGAUUCAGUGGUGAGGCAGCCAGCUAUUUGCAUGUCAUGAGGUCUAAGGGAAACAAACUGACCCUCAGCCUUCCUCUAUCCAGCCAAAUUCUGAUGGGACCCUCAAAUAGCUCUGGCAAAGUGUUCUGUUUCUUUUGGACUUGAUGAAUGCUUGUUUCUGUGAAGACGUGUAAUUAUUUCUUCCUUUAUUUUGCUGCACAAGUUACCAAGAGAAGCAGCUUAAAACCAAAUCACUGGAGGUUGACCACCGACGAGCUUCGUAAAGUGCUUUUGCCUAUCUGGGCCAGUGCCAUGGACACAGCCUGAUGAGCAGACCCAUCUAAUGGCAAAGGUGUAGCCACUGGCUUUGCUUCGUCCCAUCCUCCAGAUCACAUGGAGAACCCCACCAGAAUGACCAGCAACCACACAGACUGUCAUUACUGCCUGCAGUCUCUUCGUGGAAGGAAAUAUGCAUUAAGAGAAGAAAACGCUUAUUGUGUUACAUGUUAUGAGAGCCUAUUUGCCAACCCCUGUGAAGAGUGCAAGAAACCUAUUGAGUGUGAUUCCAAGGAUCUGGCCUACAAAGGCCGCCACUGGCAUGAGGGGUGCUUCAAGUGUGCCAAAUGCAGUCGCUCACUGGUGGAGAAACCAUUUGCUGCCAAGGACGAGGUCUUGCUGUGUACUGAAUGCUACUCCGAUGAAUAUUCAUCUAAGUGUUUCCACUGUCAGAAGACCAUUAUGCCUGGUUCCCGUAAAAUGGAAUUCAAGGGAAGUUCCUGGCAUGAAUCCUGUUUUGUUUGCCAGUAUUGCCGGCAGCCAUUGGGAACUAAACCACUGAUCACCAAAGACAACGAGAAUUACUGUGUGCCCUGUUUUGAGAAGCAAUUUGCUCACCAUUGCUACUCUUGCAAAAAGGUAAUAACUUCUGGGGGAGUGACCUACCAUGACCAGCCUUGGCAUAAAGAAUGCUUUGUGUGUGCUGGGUGUAAAACCCAACUGUCUGGACAAAGAUUUAUUUCCAAAGAUGAGGAUCCAUACUGUGUAGACUGUUUCAGCAAAUUGUAUGCUAAGAAGUGUGCUGCUUGCAAGAAACCUAUUACAGCUCUCGGAGGUGCCAAAUUUAUCUCAUUUGAAGAGCGCCAGUGGCAUGGGGAAUGCUUUAACUGUGUGAAAUGCUCUGUCUCGCUGGUGGGCCAGGGAUUCCUCACUCGGCAGGAUGAUGUUCUUUGUCAUGAAUGUGGCUUUGCUUCAUAGCUCAGUGGAGAGCUGUACAGCUGCAUUAUUCUUGCUCUGUAACAAUGUGCUUCAUUACUCUGCAGUAAGAGAACCAUAUAAAAGGUAUAACAGUUAUUUAGUCAUUCAAGUAACUUUUCAACAGCAGUUUAAUUCUAUCAUACUUCUCAACUGCUU